AUGACGAACUCGAACGCGGCAAGCGCCGCAGCGUUGGCCGGGAAGCUGCGCAGGAUGCUGGGCGCGAACCCGCGCGUGAACCCGCGCAGGCCGCGCUCGGCGUACACGUGUUUCACCGCGUCGAAAUACCGCCUGUAUCUUGGGUUUUUCACCUCGUCAAUCAUGAUCACGUUUUUCACCACGUCGGCCGGGUACGCCGUGAUCCAGAAGCACCCACGUUGUGAUCAGCUCGUACGACCCCCACCAGACAAUGAAGUUGGUGCGGAAAAUCAUGGUCGGCACGAGGCCCUUGUACAGCGUGCGGAGGCCGUCGUGUCUGACCAGUUUGACCAGACAGUCGAUCGGCCCGGUGAACUGCCUGGUUUUCGCGUCGUAUUGGACCUGCAGCCGCGCCUUCAGCUGUUCUAUCGGCGCAGCCACAAAGGACACGGUGAGUCCAGAUCCGAGGCCGGCCAGACAGCAGCCUGCAAGGGGCAGUUUUUUCUCUGUUGGGUACAGGUUGUCCUUGACGAGCCGGCGGUACAGGGUGAGCGAGCCGAGCAUGACGGAGUCCAUGAGCACCCAGCCCACGAGCGGCGGCGUGAAGCCCUUGUAGAGUCCCCUAACUCCUUCGUAGCGCAGAGUUUUCAGCGUGCAGUCGAUGGGGCCUUUGAAGCGGCCCUCGGAGGUCUGGAGACGCACUUUGACGGAGUCGAACGGGUGGCCGACCGCGUUCUUCAUGACGCCCGAGAACACGCCCGCGAUGAACCCGGCGUACCGCGGCGGGUGGCUCGUGUCUGUGGACAUGGUGAAAAAUAG